GGUAUGGGUGUGGAGAUUAUCAGUUAUCGAUUGUCAUCAUAAAUUCGUAAAAGCACAUUUUCGUACGAUCGUACUUCGAUUUUCGUUAUUGGGUAGUGCCGACGAACAAAGACGUAUAAUUAUUGCAUUAUUACAAUACAUCUAUUGUUUGGUUCUACAAUAGUUGUAGUACAUAUAUUCCAUUGAAAGCGGAACUUGUGGAAAGCGGAGGAACGCCAACAGAAAUGGCUCCUAAAAAGAAAGUUUACAAUGGAUAUGCAUUAUUCAUGAUGGAGACUCGAGAUAAAUUAUUAAGUCAAGGGAUUAAAGUAAGCAUGGCUGAUAUGGCAGUGCAUUGCAAAAAAGAUUGGGAAAAGAUGUCUGAUGAGAUGAAAGAAAACUAUAAGACAAAAGGUAAACAGAUGAAAAGUGAUGCAAAAGUAGAAAAAUAUACUUCAAUUGGUGAAAAAGUAGAAGAUGUAGUAAGACAAUCAGAUGAAAAUAAAUCACAAACAGAUGCUAUGUACGCAUAUAUAGAUGUAUUGCUUGACAUGAAACCAGCCAGUCAUUAUCUUCCCAAGCAAAAAUUUAUUCUGAUUCAUAUAAACCCUUAUACAUGCGAGAAAGAAGGAUUUUAUUUUCCUGCCGAGAUAUCCAUGGCAGAAUUCUCUUUAGAAAAAGGCUUGAUACGCAUGUUUCAUCAGUUAAUUGGAUUUGAUAAAGUUAGAACAAAUGCUCCGCGUGCUCCUACGGCAGAUAUUAACAAUCAUGCUGCUAACAAUCAUAAAAUUGACGUAUUCUCAAUGUUUCCCAAUAAUUAUACAGAAGUAUUAUUAAAAAUGAUUGGUUUUAUCAUGAACAAAGAAGUGAAUGCAGCUAUUCUAAGUGACUUAACAUUAGACAUGCCACCAGUAUAUACAGCCCAUAAACCUAUUGAAAAUGAACUUAUGAUUACUAGUGCAAGUUUAUUUAAGUUGUUUGAAAGUGCAGUAUAUGAUGCCGAAAGAAGUGAUUUCAAUAACAUUAUUAGAGUGUACCAUUUAGAUAAACUAUUCAUGAAACUGAAAAAUGCAUGUUAUAAAGUUAAAAAUCCAGGUACACAUGAUGAAGCUUUACCUUCUGUUGCUUUGGCUACCGAUAGUUUAUCAAAAGAUGUGAUAAAUACAAUAAAAACAAUUGGUUGUAAUUUUCAUGAAAAACUUGAACUUCCUCAUGUUUGUAGUAACUAUUUUGUAUGCAAGUGGAUAAACAUUUUAUCAGCUCAUUGUUGUCGCUAUAUUGACAUAGAGCUUGUAUCUGGUCAGCAUUAUGAUUUUGAUUUAUCUAAAACAGACAGUCCAGUCGAAGAACGUUUAGAAAAAAUUCAAAUUUCUGAAUUUGCUGCAAAUUAUUCCGAUAAGGAAAUAAAUCAACCGAAAACUUUAGGGGCCAAUAGUUGGCCAGCACUUGAAGGUACAUCAACAAAUAUUCAGAAACCAAUAUGGAACAGGCCAGAAUGUAAAGAAAGGACAAAUAGCAAAACUGUAACAAAUGAAGAAGACAAGUUUCCUCCACUUGAUGAAUCAAAAGAUGCUCCUGUAAGAGCAAUGAACAGCUGGUGGAAGUUAGGAGGUCAUGGCAGGGGUGUUAUAAGUCAAGUUAACAGUAAUAACCAAAACCAAUUGAAUGACAACUCAAAGCCACCAUCCAGGGGAAGAGGCAUUUUAAGAAAUAAAUAGUAUAGACAUAAUAGUUGAUAAAUUGUUUAUUAAUACAUUUUUUACCGUAAAAACUUAAAUGAAAAAAAAUUCUCUUAAUUAAUUUUUAAGCAUAAAAAGUUUAAAAAGUAUAUAAUCAUAAAUUUCUGUAAUUUAAAACGGGUUGUUUUAGUGCAAUAAAGAUUAAGAAACUCUUGCAUAGAAA